AUGGAGAUCCUGGCCUUCGUGGACCAGGGAGGCUCGCAGGGCGCGGCGGCGGAGAAGUUCGGCGUGUCGCGCACGGCUGUGACCAAGAUGGUGAAGGAGCGCGCGGCUAUCUCGGCCCAAGCGCUCGUGGAGAGCGCCACGAGCAGUCGAAAGGUGCUGCAGUACCAGCACAAGCUGAGCGUGAUCGAGGACAUGCUGUACAAGUGGCAGAUGCAGAUCGAGCUCGACGCGCCGGCGCUCAAGAUCACGGGAGAUCUUUUGCAGUCCAAGGCCAUGGAGUUCCGGAACAAGAUCCUGGCAGACUACAGCAGCGAGCUGUCGGACGAAGUUGUCAUGUCGCUCACGGACUUCAAGGCGUCGAACGGAUGGCUGCAUCGGUACAUGCAGCGGCGCAGCAUGCGCUCGCUGCCCAAGCAGCACGGCCAGGCGGGAGUCGCGUCAUUGAUGACGGACAGAAUGACGAACGACCAGCGCCGGAUUUCAGUCCUGAUGGCGGUGAGUGCUACGGGGGAGAAACUGCACUUGCAAGUGGUUGGCAAAGACCCGAACCCGGAAUCGUUAAAGGAUGUGGACACGCUUUCGACGUAUGGAAUUCACUAUCGCGAUCAUUGUCGCGCCUCGCAGGACGCAAAUACGAUUGCAGACUUCAUCCAGGCCAUGAAUCACGAGGCGACCGUGAGGAAA